CAGGAGGUCGGUGGCCCACUGCCCCCCCGCCUCCAGCGCGCCAGCGCGGCCCCGCUGCCUCUGGGGCCGUGGGAGCGGGGGUGGCAAUGGGCAAGAAGCGGCACGAGGGGAACCAGGACGGGAACGAUCCGGAUGAGCCCGACGACAGGCGGGCCAAGAAAGCGUCAAGGACUGGCCGCAUCGAUUCGCUGACGCUGGAGCAGCUGGAGGAGCGAGAAGAACAGCUCAAAAAGGACAUGGGGGAUUUGAAAGUUGCCAACGCCAACCUCACUGCGAUCAAGCGGGAGCACGCCGUGGCCUACGGCGUCAACGAGAUCCGGGCGAUCGGCACCAAGAAGCUGAAGGUGCAGUACAACCUCACCGAGGUCCAGCAGGAGAGAUCGAGCGAAGGCGAACCAAGCUUCACCCCUCGCAGGCCCCGUGGCCGGCGGAGACAGACAGGGGUGCCGCCGACCCUGGGGCCGGGCAGCAGCCGCCGCCUCCCCCCCCGCAGCCGCACGAGCGGCUGCUGCAGCCGCAGGCCUCGGCCGCGCCGCCGCACUCCGCCGAGGGGUCGCUGGCGCCAGCGGCGUCGCCGGCGGCGUCCUCGGCGGCGGCGCCAGCGCCGCCUGGGGGGCCCUGGAGCAGCGCGUAUGGUGCAGCCCUGGGGCAUCACGGUGCAGGCCAUCUGGGCGGCGGUCUGGGCGCCACGCUGGGCGGCGGCCUGGGCGCCGCGCUGGGCGGCGGCCUGGGCGCUCCGCUGGGCGGCGGCCUGGGCGCCCCGCUGGG